AACACGCACGAAGAAGAGUCUCAAGCUAAAGACACAAAAGCAACAAAACAUGAGCGGAAGUUGCAUGAGUUAGAUUUAUUUAGCGGUGUAAGUGUGAUUUUUUUUUCCUCGCUCGAACAUUAUUCAUUUGUCCUAAACGCACGGUGAAUGACGCGUUCACGGACCCUCCAGCAGAUAGUUUUAUUCCGGGGUUUAUUGAGGUUCUGUGUGUAGCUUAGCUGUUAGCUGCUAGCUUAAACACACUGUCAACAUGAGUCACAGUGAGGACAGCUUCCACACUUAUAGUUCACUCUUAAAUACUAACGCCGAAGAUGAGGCUUUAGCCAUAGAACAGGCUAUUAGAGCGGCUAUAAACACUGUAAGUAACCUCAUAUUACGUACUAACAACCGGAAACAGCAGGAGUACGAGCGGAUGGUGGCCGACAGGGACAGGGAGAUAAAGAGGCUGGAGUGUAAGUUGGAGAAAAGUGAGAGUGAGAUAAAGAUGCUGCGACUGGAAAUACAAAGUAGGAUGGCAGAGGAUGAAGAGUCCGGCCGGUGUUCCCUGAAUAAGCAGAGGAAAACCGACCCAGACCAGCAACACAAAGCAUCCGCCCAGAGGGUACAUGGGGGCGUGGGGAUGACGACUCCUCCACAAACUUCCACCAGUCACAAGGCCUUUCCCCACCAACCUUUGAGCACCAGGAGGCAUUCAGAGGACGCCGAAGAGGAAACAGGACGUCCUGCCCUCAGAUGGGACGCGUCUGUGGUGAAGGAGGAACCUGCUGAUCUACAGAUGGAUAUAAAAUGGGAGAUGUGUGAGCUCAGAGAAAGGCAGCCCCAGGAGUCAGCACAAAGCAGUCAGCAGCAGCCUGGAGGAAAAGAUGUGAGCGGCAGAGUGGAUGCUGACAGCGGCUGUCUGUCAAAUGAAGAGACCACGCCCCUCUCCUUCUCAGACCUGUCGUGGAAAGACGUCCGCAUGCUUCAUCCUUUUGCACAGUCUAAACCUCCUGGAGCCUCUUUGAGAAAAGCAAAGAACUUAUGGAUCAAUCGCUUAGAAAUUCCUUGGGACAAGUUUCCCACUUCGCUCACACAGGCCAUGUCUCGAGGGGUGAGGGCGAACCCUUCCGAUCGGAGACAGAUGGUGAGAGCUGUGGUCCACGCCAUGCAGGAGCACACGCCCAACCCCAGCAGGGCGGCGUGCGUAGAGGUCGCAAGAAUGAUCGUGUCUCAGUAUCCGUUGACUUUCGCCGACACGACAGAGGAAGGAGGACAGUCUGGAAUAUGUCACUACUCACUGGCAAAUCAGUUUAAGACAAGGAUUGAAAAUGUCAACCGCAACAAUUCAGGUGACAGAAUACGCAAACCAAAGACAGUGAUAGAAGGUGGUGAUGGAGGCGUCGCCGCUAAAACUGCACGGAGCCAAGUGGACAGUUACGGCUGCAUCAACUGGCAGCCUCAGGUUCUACCGGACGGAGAGACGUUUGACACCUUAGAAAACAGGAGGAAAGACAUGUUAGCCACGUUUCAGUCAGCGGGCCCCAGAGCCGGGGACACGUCUCAGGUUGACGAGUCCAUGAGGUUGACGUACAUUUAUCAACGUCACAUGAUCAACAGGUUCCCUCCUCCCAGUAUCUCUGACGUCCAAGAACAGUGGCCGUUCCUCUUCACCAGACGGGGGCUGUGUGCACAUUUCAAAACUCUCACAGGUAUCGACAUCAGCCAACGCCUCGGAGACGCUCUUCACACCGAGGGUCGGAGGAUCAUUCAGUUCUUCCAAAGGCAGACGCACAACGCAGACAUUCAGACGCUGUUGCAGGGUUUGGAGACGGAAGAUGCAACCUCACGACUCAACCAGAGCAACAUCACCACAGUACUUCUGCUCAUGAAACACUUUCUGGAAAAAGAAGACUCCAUGUUCAUCCUGGCAGAUCCCAGUGCGACCAGUGCAUCCAUCCAAAAGGACAUGACACUACCAGCCACACCACGACUCAUCAUGCUCGGAGACACUUUUCUGUCAGCUACAAAGUGGAUGGUCAGCAUCGAGGGAAAGGUGGCCUACGUUUUGGACGAGGGCUUGAAUUUUGCCGACUGCUUGUCUGUGUUUUUUGGAUGCUUCUAUGUUUUCAACUUGGAGUACCAGGAACCCGCCUGUGCAACACUGGAGUUCAUCCAGCGGUUCUUUGUUAGAAUAAACCCAGAGGAAGGUACAAAAUGCAGCGCUAGAACCGGAGUGAGUCGAAAGACGGGAGAGUUGGUGAAGAGGAAGACGUCCGGCAUCAACAACAGGGUGUCGACCUUUCUUCGCCAACUGGCCGCGUGUGAGCAGAGCGACGUGAACAAGUGACCGAAGGAUUACACCACAUCAGUUCCACCGUUUUUAUGGAGGUUGGAGGGAAGGUGGAGACAUCUGGAGCACAUCCAUAAACUCAGCAGUGCCUCUGGAGUCGUUCUUCACUUUCUGUUUGUGUGUUGGGCAGUGGUUCGGUAUCACGUACAGUUUUUACCCCCUAUGAAUUCUGCACAUGCUCCAAACCGUCGGGCAUGCACAGCUGCAUUCUUUUGGAUGUAAACAGUGAAACCUGUGGAAUUGGAUUUACUGAUUUUCUGAAGAAAAUAGUCUAAACUAGAAAAGCACUCAGACAGCGCAGACCUCCACCAAAGCAGAUCAGUGCCCCCCCCCCUGCAAUCACCACCAAAAUUUCAUCAUUUGUUCCUUGUGCCAGUAUCAACAUUUCUGAAAUU